ACAAAGCACCUUGAAAUUUUUGUUGCAUUUUUUCGUCAACAUGGAAUCUAGAAUUUUCUAGUUUUCUUUGUUGUUUAUCACAGCUCGGAGAAAAGUGUUUUCGUUAUUUCAGUAGCUUCUUGACUAACUUAGUACGUGGCUGCUCGAAGGUUUUCCGGUCUCUCCCAAGCCUUGUUCAUUUCCUGUCCACGAGGAUUUAGCCGCCAUGCAGGCCCAGAAGAAAACGAAGGAGCCCCUCCAGGCCGUCCAGGUCUUUGGACGCAAGAAAUCUGCGACCGCUGUUGCGUACUGCAAGCGCGGCAAUGGAAACCUCAGGGUGAACGGCCGCCCCCUCGAGAACGUUGAGCCCAGCAUCCUGCAGUACAAGCUCCAGGAGCCAAUCCUCCUUUUGGGCAAGGACCGCUUCGCCGGAGUCGACAUCAGAGUGAGGGUCAAUGGUGGUGGUCAUGUGUCACAGAUCUAUGCCAUCAGGCAAGCCAUCUCCAAGGCACUUGUUGCCUACUACCAGAAGUAUGUGGAUGAGGCAUCCAAGAAGGAGAUGAAGGAUGUGCUGAUCCAGUACGACCGUACCUUGCUGGUUGCUGACCCUCGGCGCUGCGAGCCCAAGAAGUUCGGUGGUCCAGGUGCCAGGGCCCGUUACCAGAAAUCUUACCGUUAAGGAGUGCUCUGGUGUAUCAUAUAAUAAUAAAAAAUUCAAAAAAACUAUUAAAAGCA